AUGCUCAUUGACGAGGAAUUGACACCUAUAAAUUGUGUAUCAAAAAGCGUCUCAGAUCCAAAUCUAGCCCGCUUGGAGUUCAUCAAAAUCUACGAGAUCAUGGCGCCCAUAUCUAACGAUUUACUAGUGAAGAACUACUCCAAUUUUCAGUCGCUUGCGGUGUUCAAAGAAUUCAAUGACCCAUUUGACCAAUCCAUGCUCUUUGCUGGUUUGGGCAAAUUCAUACAAAUAUACAGGCAUGAGGACAGAUAUAGGAAUAUGGUCAUCAGACUCAAUACGAUUUUGGACCUGUUUGUUACAUCAGUGAUUCGAGAAAUUGAGAUACGGUUGAAACAAGAAGACUUCAAGGAGGCACGCAAAUUGAUCAGUGCACUUGACAAUUUAAAUCUGGAUAUUGGCGACAUCGAGGUGGACAGCUUGGAAGCUCUACUGGAGUUUUUUCUUGACAGGUAUGUCAAUUCAUACUCAUUUUUGUCAUCCAAAGACACGGUGGAUCGUGUUCUCAAGAGGGCCACAUACAAGGCCCGUGGGGUCGUGAAAGGACAUUACCUGGAUUUUGUAGAAGUCGACAACAUCUUUAAUCAAGUUGCAAGCUUACUGAACAGUCAAUUGAAUGAAAUUGAUCGAAUAUUUGAUACCAAUGCCGAUGAAGUACCCAUCGUGUUGAAGCUGAUGGAGACGUUUCUUGGAAACUACUUUAUUGGAGGACUGGUUGAAAAACUGAUUAAUCGGGCAAAGCAUAUUGAUGGUCUUGAUGAGCCAGUAGAUUUGGAGCCAGAGCCAGAAGACGAAAAAAUCGACCCACCUCAUGUCAACAUCAUGAACGAGAACUCGCUCUACUUCCAGUGCGUUCCUUUUUUGCAUCAUAAGCUCCUGACAACCUUUGAAAACUUGAACUAUCCGCAAAGCUCAAUGGACUCAACGGACGAGGCCACAAAGAUGGAUUAUUAUCCGGUGAUCAUUGGAUUUAUCAACUUCUACUAUGAACCCCAUUUGGUGGAGUUUUCCGAUCAGCUACCAAAACAAUGCCACCAAUCUCUCGUACACCUAAUAGACACCUGGGAGCUUAACAAAGUUGAAAAUGAGAAAAUGCUGGAACAAGAAAUACUCAAAUUUGUGGAUGAUUCCUCAGAAGCACAAACAAACCACACAUUCGACAUUUUCAGCAGUUUCACUAAUAUAUUCAGACUCAAAGGAGCUAAGAAAACAGAGAAAGAGGAGAUUGAGAAUGAGACGAAACUGACAAAGUUUGCAGCUAAGCUACAAAUUUUGACCACCAAUGUUCAAAACAUUAAAUCGCUGGUUAGCAUGGACUUGACGGUUCUAAUUCUACAGCAUGUCAAAAACAGCUACGACCUAUUACUUGGACUGACAAAAAACUCGGCCACUUCUGAAAUAAAAGCCAGUAUUUACAAAGUGUGUCAGGACAUAUUCAUAGACAUGCUUUCAACGUUGAUUGACCGCCAUAUAAAAAGCGGAUUCCAAGAGGCACUGACUCGAUUAAAAGAGUAUAACCCAGCAGAGUUGGAGGUUAAUGUAGACUACAAAGUGGAGCCGCUAACAAACUUCAUUGAACUUGUUAAUGUUGGAGACCUAAUUUUACAAAUGAUCAACAUUUUCUAUAACGAAGAGCUAGUGAAGAAUGAGAUUGUGAAAACAAAACCGCAGAAAAGCAGAGAUUUUUUGUCUUCCAAUCAGUGCGAAAAAACGAUAUCCAAGCUCGAAAUGAUGCUUGACACAUACGUCGCUGAUGGACUGGAUAUCAGCAUUGGCGUCAUCAUGAAUGAGGUUAAUUUGUGCAUUCUUAGGUCCCAGGUGAAUGAGGGAACUUACAAUUUGGUGAACAUGGAGCAAAUGGGGAUCAAAAAUGGGCAGCCAAGUGUUUACGUCAAACAAACUGUUACCAUACUGGAAUCACACUUUAAAAUGUUAUCGGAAUCUAUUGAUAAAUCCAUAUUGGACAUAUUUAAAGAGGAGAUUGGCGAGAGGUUUAUUGCGACGUUCAUAAAGCUUCUGACCAAGAAACUGAACAUUUCAACCAUAGGUGCGAUCCAGUUCAUCACCGAUAUCAACUAUCUGUACGACUUCUUCGUGAAGUACAAAAUUAAGCAAACGGUGCAGUACCUGGUGGCUUUCAAAGAAAUCAGCCAGCUGUUUUUGAUUGAAUGCGAUGAUAAAAAGAAAUGCAAGGAUCUUGGUAAGCUAGUGAUAGACCUUGGACGAGACAACGGUAUCUUUAGUCCGGAAGAGGUAUAUUCCUUUGUGAGUCGCCGCAGUGAUUGGGUCAGCAUCAAACGAUCGGUGGACAAAAUCAUGUAUGGUUUUGGGCCCGACGAUUGCACAAUUGUAUAA